UUUUUUUUUUUUGCAUACAUACUGUUUAAAUGUAAGAGUGAGUUAAAAGAACGAUGGUGUGAUUGAAAACAUGAAAGGCAAAAGAAAGGCGAGGGAGGGAAGGGCAAGGAGUGACGGGCAAGGAAGGGGAAGGGGAAAAGGAACGAAAAAGAAAGCAACAGUCAAGAAGACAAGGUGUGCGCCUGCGCCUCCCAGCCCGCAGGGGCGCGGUGGGCGGCCCGCGGGGUGUGGUGGGCGGGACCUGCUGGGGGCGGGGCUGCAGGCGCGCGGGGCUACGUGGGAGUGGAGAGGCUUGAGGAAAGGCCCGGGACGACGCUGCCUCAGAGAACCCUGGAAGAACGCCUUGGUCAGGCCCGGACUUAAGAUGUCUUCAACGGCUAGGCUUCGCAGAAGACAAUAUGGAAGAUCUUCAGUAGCUAAAAGCAGCAAGCCAUAUAAACCUUUUCUGCCGACUUCUUAUUCUCCCCAAGAGGGCUACUUAAAGGAGGGUGAAGACAUGCUAAGCAUUAAAGAAUUACGGCGGAAUGUGGCUGAUAAUUCAGAAAGGCACGAAGAGAACCACAAGCGACCCCAGUCCACUCAGUUAGGUGAUGCCAGUGGCAGGGACACUCGGAAAGAAGGGCUUUUCCAGCACUUUUAUCAAGUGGUUCAGAAAGAACGUGAUCGAGAGAGGCCUUCAGAUUGCGUUAUUGUUUGUAUCAACAACGAACAGAGGGACUAUGCAACAGGCAUAGGUCAUCGGUUGCAGGAUCAUGGCCUUGUGGUGGAAAUGAUUCACCUCUCCUCCACGUCGAGUCUUACGCGAGCACUCCAGGAAGUAAAGGACGAUGGGUCCCCAUUUUGCAUUCUUGUUGAACAGUCUAAUGUAAAACUUUCCUCUUGCACCGUAAUUAUGCUUCAUGAGUCUAUCAAAAUACAUCGGCAUAUGCCCCUGGAAGACGCCCUGGAGCUGGUGGCUAAAGAAUACAGGAGAUUUUUCUCCAAACGGGAGCAGCAGGAAUGUGCUGGAAUUGCUCUGCAGGCUGGAGAUCUGGUGGAUGACUUCUUGGCUCGGGAGCGCCUGACCAGCUACUCUGUCCCUUCCGGCAUUCAGCGCCUUCUCUUUCUGUUGAGUGAGGGAAUGUAUUUGUAUGGGAAUGAGUUGAAUCUGCUCAUUGACUACCUGAAGACCAGAAAAGGGCAACUGGAAGGCUUUGAGGCGCUCGAGUCUUUGGCUAGCAGUGAUCAUCCCUCAUUUCAAGUCAGGAAUACUCCUGUCGUGGGCAAGCCGCCUCCACUUCUUCCAACCCCUGGAAAGCCGUCCUUCUCUGGCCUGCAUCCCCCCCUUCCUGCCAAGUCCCCCUUGUUAGGGGACAGACCAGGAGUGGCUCUCCUUCCACCACCAGGAUCGGGCAACCCCAAAGGUCUGUUUGCCCCUCCCCUGCUUCCGGCAGCCCCCUCCAAGAGACCUCCUUUGGGAUGGCCCCAGCCCAGGCAUGCCAAGCGUCCACUGCUUGGGGAGAAACAAGGCCUUCUAGCACCACCUCCAGGAGAAUGGGGUCCGGGGAGAGCUUAGAGGCCAGUCGCCCGCCCCCACAGGCUCUGGUACCCUGCCUGCUACCUGCCAGCUGCUCGGUGAGCUGAAUGGAAAAAGGAAAGCAGCCCAGCAGGAGACAGGAUCACCUGGAAAUCUGGACAUGGGAAGAGCACUGCACUUGGAGUCCAGAAAUAAAGGAAGGCACUGUGGCCCCGCAACAAUCCAUUGAUCUGCUUGGGCCUCUUUGAGCUCCAGCGGCCUCACCCACGGCAAGAAGAUCACAAGCCUGGCCCUCGGUGUGCCAGGGAAAGCACUGGUGGGUUAGCAUGUGGAGCUAACGCAGGCCCUGCUCACUGGACAAUCGCCUUGGGCUACACACUUUAUGUGUGCGGUUUCAUCUAAUCUGCUCUGCUACUGGAUCAACACGGCUGCUUUAUUAGCCCCAUUUACAGAUGAAGAAACUGAGGCACAGUUCGGUUAAGUCACUUGCCGAAUGCUACACGGCAAGAAGAUUGCUCUUGAGCCCAGAUGUGCUGACCCCAGAGCUCUGGUCCCUCUGAGGGUGCAGAGGCAAAGCGGAUCCUGCCCCAGGCUCCAGACCUCACUGAGACACAAGCCUUCCAGUUGGUAUUUGGUCCCGCACAGUGUGCAACCAUAUGUUUUGUGGCUUCCAUAUGUUACAGAGUGAGAAAGCAUUGAAACAAAUCUCUACCAUUGUAGUCUGCUUAAUAGGAACAGAUUUAACCAACGAAUGCUCCUCACACACACGAUUGUGAAACUGAACUGUGCCAGGGUAAUUAGCAUUUUUCUUCUUAAAAAUUAAUUUAUAGGUCACUGAAGGCAGCCUGGCCUUGUAAUGGGACACAAGUUUCAAGAUGGAGAAUAUCGCUCCUUUCCAUGCCGUUCCUAUGGCCCAUGCAUAACAGCAUCUGGAGGGAAGGUCAAAGGCUUACAUUUGAGGCCUUUGUCAUGGGCUCCAGCCCCUGCCCCCUCAGUCAGACCUUGGGAGGGGCACCCAGGAGGCAAUGCCAAGGCGGUUCAGCCCAGCACCUUCACCCCAUCAUCUGUGAUGGAUGGAGUUCCUGCCAGCCAGCGGCUUGCUGAGAAUUCCCAGCCACCAGAAGGGGGCAGACUGUGACUUCUGAAGCCUGGGACACAAUGGGUGUAUGAGGAUGCUGGUGGGAGGGGCCGGAGGUGCCAGGCUGCCUCCAAGACCAUGACCACCUCAGCACAAGCUGGAAACCCGUGGGCUGGGCCUGACUUCUCCAGAACUUCACCUGUGGUCUGGUUCAGAGGAGCCCAGCCAACCCCAUGUUUGUGUCAGGUCAUCCAGCAGGGGCAGGCUUGGAGGUUGGCAGUCUGGCUAUGAGUGGGGCCUGGGGGCUGGUCCCGAAGCUGAAGAACAGGGACACUAUCUGGGUUAUGUAUUUACUUGAGGUGGCUAGAGGAGCUGUUGAUUUGGGAUAGGUUUAAGUUGCCCCAAGCCACCCCUAAGCCUAGCCACUGUCCAGGGAAACCCUUCAGACCUGAGAAACCUCCAGAGCCACCACGUGGCUCUGUGUGGAAGGCACGGAGGCAAAUCUCUGAGAUGUUCCAGCAGGCAGUGCUGAGAGACUCAGUGCCUCCCACCCGCCCCCUAACAGCCGGCUCCCUGCUCCACAGCCGCCACCACCAGUGCUGGUGGGCAGCAGGAUGCCGAGGGCCGGGGGGAUGCUGGGUGUUCCUUGUGGACUGGCCUUUCAGCAGUAGGUUCUCCUUGGGCCCAGCAGCCAGCUUCCCAGACCCCAGUCCCUGCCUACAUGGAGUCUUUUGUGGAUUCCCUGACCCCAGCAGCCCAGGCUCUCAGAUGGCUGAAACAAAGAGAAUUUUAAAGUGACACAAGCUGGACAUGCAGCCGCGAGAGGGUGUCUGCCCAGAUUAACAUGAGCUCCAGCUUGGGCCUUUGAAGGGCCCUUGAUUUCCCACGGUGAUGAUGGAUUUUCACAACAGAAUUAGGAAAAGCCUCACCAACCCAGACUCAUCUGCUGGGACAGGCCUCAUGGUGUCACCUGGGGCUCCAGGGGACCCCUGAUAUUUCUUACAUUCCCCCCUGCACCCACUGCCCCAGGUCGUGGCACACAUGUUGGAGUCCCUGCAUGCGGGCUCCUGACACCCUGCUGGUCCCCUCCAGCCUGUCCUCCACCUGCAGUGCCAGGGCCUCUCCCCAGUCCCCAGGCCGUCCCCCAGCUGGAAAGCUUUCCAUGACUCCCACCGUCUCAGGACGGAGUCCAGGCCUUUACCUGCCUCUGUGAGGCCCUGCCCACCUUCUUCACAUGUGGUCACCUGCUUCCCCCUCUUCCCUCCCCUUCACUUCCAGCCCCCUGGACUGCCUCCGGGUCUCCCGAACCCUUGCCUUGCCUUUGGACCGUCAUGCUCUGCCUCUGCCUGACCCUCCUCUACUCCAUGCAGCCAACGCCUCUUCAUCCUUUGUGUCAGCUUCAGUGUGACUUCUGUGAGGCCUUCCCUGACCACCAGGACCCUCAGUCCUGUUUCCCAGCUCUGUUCUGUUCUAAAUCUCAUGGCUGUUGCUGUCGCCAGUGGUCAUGGGCAACUCUGAGUCCUGCAGCUCAGGUCAGUGCCAACUGCAUAGUAGGCGCUCAACAAAUGUUCCCUGAAGGCAGGCAGGAAGGAACGGGGGGCACAGAGGAGCCCUCAAGCGUCUGUCUGCUCCCUCAAGGAGAGGCUUGCUGAGUGGAGAGCUUGGUUCUAAACGCAAGGGUCCACAGGCAGGCAUCUGAGCCGUACCUGAGGCCACAGCUGUGGCUCGCUCCUCCCUUCCUCUGGAAAUUCACCUUGCUCCUUUACCACAGAUCUAUGGCCUCCUGCAGGAACCAAGCUGAUCUGGCUGCCUGUGAAUUCCCAGGCAGAGAGCCCCCAUGGACAUUGUCUGGAGCCGGUCUGAAGACUGAAGCCAUCCCACCUUCCUCAACCCCUGCCCCAAGCCCACCUGCCUGGGAAAGUAGAGGCCCCAGCCCCACUGUUCCCCUGAACUCCACCUCGAGCCCUUUGCUGGAGGGAAAGGUGUUCGUUCUGGGUCCCUCGGUGAGGUCUCUGGACUUGCAUGCAGCAGUGGCCCAUUCCUCAGUCACCGUUCAGGCUGGGCCUUUGAGCCGGGCACAGUGCUCAGACUUGGGGGACACCAAGAGGAGAGAGAAUCAUAGCCCUGCUCCCCAGAUCCCAAGCUUAUCCCAAGGGUUCUUAGGCUUUCUGCUCAGAAAGACUUCUGAAGAAAUGUUUUAGUAGCUCAGGGGGAAGGGAUUAGAGGACUCAAAACAGCUCUAAGCCAGCAAGAAUGACAUGUCACCAGCAGAAGUAGGGGGGAGCCCACUGGGAGCCUGCCCUUUUGCUGUCAGUUCAGGGCAUCCUUUGGUGGCAGGAUGGAGUCAGGGCACUGUGGAACGACUGCCAGGGCUGAUGGGGGACAGUGGCAGGACGCACAGCCAAACAGCAUCCCGGGAGAUCGGAGGCCCUGUCCUGGCUCCCAGCAGCUCCUCUAUGAUCCUGGACAAACCAUUGGAUCAACUUUGCCCAUCAUAGGGUCACAGGGUUUAGGCGGCAGCAGAAGAGUCCCUUGGGUAGCACAGACAGAGCCCCAGCUGAACCCGACCGGAAGGUUACGUGACUUUAGCCUCCUGGUACCUGGCAGAAAAAAUGAGUGGCCAGAGUUGUCAGAUCUGAUGAUUAUUUUCAGGAGAAUUUUUAAAAACCUGAGUUGUUGUAGGAGAUUUCCCAUGUUAAGUGUUGGCUCAAUUAAAACAACACACCGGCAAGGCAAAGAAAAUGUUUCCGUGGGCCAUAUUUGACGGCGCAGCCUCUGAUGUAAGCCCUCCGAGGGUCCGUUUGUAGAAGGAAAUGCUCUUUCCUGGUGGCGGGAUACGCACAGCCCCCCCCCCCCAGUGAAUCAGCUCUGCCCCUGGGGAACAUGCCCCUGGCCACUGCUGAUUGGACCACGGGCAGGCUCCUGACGCAGGGCAGCCAGUCACAGGCUGGUCACCGUUGAUGCUGUGGCUUGGGACCAAUACUGCCUUGGCCAGGCUGUCUCCACUCUUCAUACUCCAGUUCCUCCUCUGCCUGGCCCCUGCUGUCCUUCAGAUCUGAUGGUGCCUCCUUGCUGGAGCCUUCUGUGAUCAACCUGCUGAAACUGCCCACCGCUCGAAAUGCAAAGGAAAACCACAGAAAGAUAUCAGAAUGGCUAAGAUCAAAACCACAAGCAGUAACAAGUGUUGGUGAGGAGGUGGAGAAAGGGGAACCCUCCUGCACUGUUGGUGGGAAUG